GUGAAAACGAGGCUACUGUCCAACAUGAGGUCAAAACCAUGGUCGACAAACGCCUCAACAUCAGCAGAGAAGCUGAACUGCUCCAAAGUUUCGUAAGAGUCAACGUAGAUGAACCUAACGAAAAUCCCGAUGUACAGAACCGUUUGGAACACCAAUUGGAGAAGCAAAAAGCUGAAGCUGCCUUAGAGAAGCUCGAAGAGGAAAAGGCGAGAAAACAGCAAGCUGACACGUUAAAAUCACAGGUGGACGAUGAGGUGAAAAAGAAAGGUAAGCGCAGAAGAAGAAGGGCUAACGGGUGCAAAAGAGAAGAGCUCUAUUGCGAUAAGGAUAGAGCUGCUGCUGUCAAUAUGGGAUCUAGGGAUAUCAAGCAAUCGUUGAAGAUGAAGAGGAAGCAGGAUCGCUCGAAGGCACUGCAAAUACCGGAAGAAGCAGAACCAAGUACUUUUUUGGCUUGGGGUAACUACGAAAUGGGCAAGGGUGAUCUGAAAAUUGCGUUGGACUUCAUUUCAAAGGCUCUUGAGUUGAACCCCACUGAGAAGAACGCCCUAGUUGCAAGAAGCAAAUGCUACAUCCUACUUGGUCACCCAGCAAAAGCCUUAGAAGACGCAGAAAUGGCUCUGGAUCUCGACAAAAGUUUCCUGAGAGCUAUUUACCAGAAAGCAGAAUCUCUAUAUCAUCUGGGUAACUUCGAAUAUAGUCUGAUGUAUUUCCACAGAGGUCUCCACAUUCGACCGGAUCACGAACAGUUCAAACUUGGUGUCCACAAAUCCCAGAAAGCAAUUGAAAAUGCUAUCGGAGGUCCUUCACUGUUUGGACCUAGAAGAGAAUCCAAACAAAAUUCUGAACUUCCUACUCAUAGAACUGGAACAUCGAAUUCGAUGUCAAGUAAGAGGGUUACUCCUGUCAACAGGUCGAGAUCAUCGAAAAGUAGUAGAUUGUUGAGGGAGUUGGGCGCUGAUAAGGAUUACCUCGACAAUUUGCUGAGAAACCCUGAUAUAAAGUGUAAAUUUAAAGAGGAUGAUGAUACAAUCAAGAGGAAUGUGGAAGAAACUGUGGAGUAUCUGGAAGCGAGGCAAGAAUUUUGGAGACAGCAGUUGCCACCACAUUUGAGAUAGAUCUCAGAAAAUUAAUGCUGUAUACUACACAAGCUGGUUUUAAAAACUUGUCAUUGGUAUAUCAGAAUAUGAAAGAAUAGUUAAAAUUUUCAAUUGAAUUGAUUGUAAACAAUGAUUUCACCUUUAGGCAUUAACCUCAACAUACUAUUAUUCUCAAUAUAUCAUUAUUCUCUUAAAUGAAAUGGCAAUGGAGAUAUACCAAUGGCAAGUUUGGUAAACCCAUAUAUGUUAUCAUAUGAAUAACGAAAUGAGAUUCAUUGAUGAGAUUUUCCAUUGAGUCAUGAAAAUUUAUCUUUAUUCUUCUAGAGAAAAGUACAACAUAAAUAAUAUUUUCAUUCUAAGAAUUACGAAAUAUUAUGAUAUUUUGUUCUUAAAAAUAUCAACAUAAUUUAUUAUGUUUUUGAAAUAAACAAUUUUGCAUAAAAGUCACAAAGGGCCAGAAAAGUAUAAAUUGUGUGUAAUGAUAGA